UUUCCACCUUCCCGACGUUUGGAUUUGGCAUGGGGUAGAUGCUGACCGUUGUAAUGAGUGGGUUUCCUUUGACAGAUACGAUGUAGCACGACGGUGAUCAGAAACCUUGCAGUCUGUAUCCACAAUUCGAAUCUUGAACAUAUGAGCGCAAAGGCCACUUGGGUAACCAACCCUCCUGACACCUCUUACUCGCAACAAACACACAAAAGUCAACCAUCACAAUGUCGACCGAAUUCACAUUACCAGAGGUAUCGCAAGUCGAGCGCCAUGGCUAUCUCUUUGGCCAUCCCAUUGCUCACUCCAUGUCCCCUUUACUACACCAGACUGUAUACAACAACUUGGGGUUGAAAUGGUCACAAUUCCCUCUAGACUCAACAGACAUGAACCUUUUUCUUCAACUAAUCAAACACCCACAGUUCUAUGGAGCUGCUGUGACCAUGCCUCACAAGGUCGCAAUUUCCCAGCACCUUGACGGCCUCACACCAGAAGGUGCAGCAGUAGGCGCUGUGAAUACAAUUUUCUUGAAAGAAGAUGUAACUGGAAAGAGGUUGUUCAUGGGGACAAACACAGACGUGAUCGGAAUCAGAGACUCCUUCGCGUACAACGCUAACCCAGAGAGUUACCACAAUCGCCCUGCACUAGUGGUUGGCGGAGGCGGUGCAGCAAGGAGUGCGGUUUAUGCGCUAAGAACAUGGAUGAAAGCCACAGAUAUAUACCUCGUUAAUCGGGAUGCGGCUGAGGUUCGCGCUGUCAUUGAAUAUUGCGCAACUCAAGGCUACGGUGACGGGUUAAUUCACGUCGCAACAGUGGCACAGGCAGAGAAGUUGGAAGGUGUAGGGGCCAUCGUGUCUUGCGUACCAGAUUUCGCGCCAGUAACAGAGCCAGAGAUGGAGGCAAGGAAGAUCCUCGAAUGUUUCCUGCUGCAGAAGUCCCAUAAGGGCCACAUCUUGGAGAUGGCAUAUCAUCCAAGCCCCUGGACAGCGAUCGCUGAGAUCAGUAAUAAUGCUGGCUGGAAGGUUAUUCUUGGAACCGAGGCGAUGAUCUACCAAGGGCUAGAGCAGGAUAGGUAUUGGACUGGGAAAGAGGUGCAUCAACUACCAGUGGAGCAGGUACAAAAAACAAUCGCUGCAAAAUUGAGCGACGCUAGACUGUAAAUAACAUAGAAUGUCAAAAACAGAUUGACGAGGCGU